AAAGAUGCGAAUCGUCCAAGUUGUGGAAGUGUAUGGCUUUCUAGAGCAUGUAAGCAGCCAAAAAACACUGCAGCACUGAUUUUCAAUACUGCGGACGUGACGCAAAGUGAUACUGAAUUCGGUUACAAUAACUCAACGCCUGGACAGUCACCACAGAGUGUUGUGUUGUCAACUGUUCCAGGUGAAUGCCAUUGUAAAAGCGGAGCAACCGAAUAUUAUUAUAAGGGAUCUCAUGAUACGAACUGGUUAGAUUAUCUGGAUGGGUCUCAGCCUCUUGUAAUGACACUGACUUGUGGCAGUCGCGGUGUGAAUGGUUCUAAAGAUAUGUGUGUUUGCGUUUCAGACAACGAAUGUUAUAGACCUGAUAGAGGAGGUAUGACCGCCUCGUUUGCACCAUUCUGUACGAAAGACGACGGAUGCCAUAUGUAUAUGUUCAUAGCAGGUCCACCCCACAGUGAGUUCGUGAGGUGUCGCGGCGGUGGUUCUGUGAUUCCCGUAAACGUGCAAUUUCUUCCGAUCGGUGCGCCCAGGCCACUGCCUGAUUCAUACCUAAAAAUAAAAUCAAUCACAUGUAAUGGAUGCAAUCAUCGAGUCAGUACAACGUGUACGCCUGCUUGA